UAUCUCUCUCAUCAUCUUUGCUUGUCAGAACGACUCUCAUCAUCUUCUUCUUCUCGUUGUUCUGAAUAUAUUCAGAGCUCUCAUCAAACCCAUUAUUACCUCAUCUUCUUCUAAUGGCCACACCUUUCUUGACGUCCCUGUUCAUUGUGGGCACUUGUUCUGAUUCUGGGCACGCCUUUCAGUUCCUCUGUUCUCACAAGAAACUCAGAAGCAGACAAAGAGCACGCUAUCCAACCCCAACUGGGUUUCCUCUCAAUCGUCCGUUUCAUGCGUUUUGCCAAUCAAAGACAGAGGAAAAGCAGAUACGGAGGUAUUCACCUUUCCUAGAAAGUGCGUCUGUAAAUGGUAAUCACAGUUUGGUGCAUGAUGAUUGGCAAGCAGUUCCUGAUAUUUGGAAAUCUUCGUCUGAGAAAUAUGGUGAUCUUGUAGCAUUGACAGAUCCAUACCAUGAUCCACCUUCUACUUUCACCUAUAAACAGCUUGAGAAGGAAAUUUUGGAUUUUUCUGAAGGCCUAAGAGUUGUUGGGGUGCGACCUGAAGAAAAAAUUGCACUUUUUGCUGAGAACUCAUGUCGUUGGCUUGUUGCAGAUCAAGGUAUAAUGGCCACUGGAGCAAUCAAUGUGGUAAGAGGUUCAAGGUCAUCUGUCAAAGAGUUACUACAAAUAUAUGAUCACUCAGAUAGUGUUGCAGUUGCUAUUGACAAUCCUGAACUAUUCGAUCGGAUUUCAGAAGAAUUCUGUUCCAAGGCUGUCAUGAAGUUUGUAAUUCUUCUUUGGGGGGAGAAAUCAAGCUUGAUCAGCGAUGGCAAGAUUCCUGUUUUCAAAUAUGAAGAGAUUCUAGAUUUGGGACGAGAGAGUCGUAGCCAUAUGCACAAUUCUAAUGAUGGACGACAGCACACUAUGUAUGAAGCCAUCAACUCAGACGAUAUUGCUACAGUUGUAUAUACAAGCGGAACAAGUGGCAACCCAAAAGGUGUCAUACUCACUCAUCGAAAUCUGUUGCAUCAGAUAAAGAACCUCGGGGACAUUGUACCUGCUGUAGGAGGGAACAAAUUUCUCAGCAUGCUCCCACCUUGGCAUUGCUAUGAACGAGCUUCUGAGUAUUUUGCUUUUACACGCGGAAUUGAACAAUUUUAUACUACUGUGAGGAAAUUGAAGGCUGAUUUGCGACAGUAUCAACCAGAUUUUGUAAUUUCUGUUCCUUUAGUGUAUGAGACACUAUACAGUGGGAUUCAUAAACAGAUUUCUUCCAGCUCUACAGUUCUGAAGCUUAUUACACUUACUUUCAUAAGGAUCAGUUUGGCAUACAUGGAGUUUAAGAGGAUCUAUGAGGGAACAUAUUUGACAAGGAAACACAAGCCAUCUUCACAUCUUGUUUCGAUAGCAGAUUGGGUAAUGGCAAGAGUUGUUGCUGCACUAUUGUGGCCUUUGCAUGUUAUGGGACAGAAUCUAAUAUAUAGUAAAAUUCAAUCUGCUAUUGGAAUAACAAAGGCUGGCAUUAGUGGAGGAGGAAAUCUACCUUCUCAUGUUGAUAAAUUUUUUGAGGCAAUUGGCAUCAACUUGCUGAACGGGUAUGGUUUAACCGAGACUUCUCCUGUUGUUGCUGCUCGACAACCAAGCUGUAAUGUUCUUGGUUCAGUUGGGCAUCCGAUUCGACAUACCGAGUUCAAAGUUGUAGAUUCUGAAACCGGUGAAGUUCUCCUGCCUGGUUUAAGUGGCAUUGUAAAAGUUAGGGGCCCACAAGUGAUGAAAGGAUACUACAAGAAUCCAGGGGCUACGGAACAAGUAUUAGAUAAGGAUGGUUGGCUAGACACUGGAGAUAUAGGAUGGAUUGCUCCUCAUCAUUCCAUAGGGAGAAGUCGUCGUUCUGGAGGUGUGAUUGUCCUUGAAGGACGUGCAAAGGACACCAUAGUGCUUUCAACAGGAGAAAACGUUGAACCAGUAGAGCUUGAGGAAGCUGCCUCAAGAAGUAGUCUAAUUCAACAAAUUGUUGUCAUUGGCCAGGAUCAACGACGGCUUGGGGCAAUAAUUGUUCCAAACAAAGAAGAGGCUUUACUUGCAGCAAAGAAUUUAUCCCUUGUGGAUAUUAAUGCCUCUGAACUAAGCAAGGAGACAAUAAAAAGUUUGGUGUCUCAAGAUUUACGGAAAUGGACUUCAAGUUGUUCAUUUCAAAUUGGACGGAUCUUAAUUGCAGAUGAACCCUUUACGAUUGAUAGUGGUUUGAUGACUCUGACUAUGAAAAUUCGAAGGGAUAGAGUUGUCGCUCGAUACAAGGAACAGAUAGACAAUUUGUUCAAGUGAGGUUCUGUUCUUUUAUAUUUUUGUGACCGGAUCAUAUAUUUCUCCCAACGUAGCUAAAGAAGCACUGCAUUACAUUCUAUGGAGUUUGGGGGAAGCAUAAAAGUACAACAAUGCUAAGAGGACCUGAUGAGCUCGAGAAAUGGCACACUUAGAUUCAAAGAAUUAGAAUUAGGAACUAUGAGAAAACAGAACACACAAUGAACUUUAUUUUAGAAUGAAGAUAAAAUGACAACACUACUAACUUUUACACCUACAUAGCAGUCAUGAGUACCAAUGAGGAUGGUCUUGACUUCAGGGGAUACUUGCUUGGCUUAAUAUAGUAGAUGUACUGGAUACGGCAUGAUAUGGCUAUGUAAAGCAACUAUAUUAAGCAG